AUGGAUGGUAUUAAUUUAUCGAAAGUAUUAGGCGAGCGGUGGGUGGAAUUGGGAUUAGGUGCGGUGCAGUGCGGUUGCGCAUGUGUUAUUUACAUUUUACUGCCAGAAAGAAAAGAUAUCAGGGGUCGUCUGCACGCAACACUGCAGCGACUCAGCUGUGCACUUACACUUACAGCUAACAAAUCUAGAGUUCAACGGUAG